AUUGAUUAUUGCAUUACUUAAAAACAUGCGUUACUCGGAUAUAGAUUAUUAAAGUUGGGUGUGAUAUUAAGCACUGAGCCUGCUAAGUCUUAGUAGAAAAUUGACGAGAUCUAAGUGAACUUAGUUAAACAUCCAGGUAGUUGCUUCUUGAGAGAUCAUUGGUGCACCAUGCAAGUAAAUAUAUCUGUUGUCCUGUUCUCUUUGCUUAUGAAAGUUUCCGUUCAAAUAUCACCUUGUAAUUCAUGAGUAAGAGAGUUCAAAUAAACUUUGUAGAUUUCGUUUGAUAUUGAUUACACUAGCCAACUUCACUACUAACUAGAGGUUGUUUAAAAACUAUUUCGUCUGUUACCUGAGAACAAUAGUUGUCUUUAACAUGAACCACAUUAAUAUUUCUUCCAAUUGGAAAUACACUCUAAAGCUUUAGAGCUUAACUCCUAAUUCAAAUUUGUUUUUCAACAACUCAUUCUUCUGACAGGCUUCUGUUCAAAUGGCUCAAAUAGUUGUGGACGGAAUAGAAGCUUUUGCUUAACAGGCUUCCGUGUCUAGUAGCAGGGGAUCACUAAUACCUCCAGGCAGGAACCUAUGUCUGUUAACGAUAAAAGAGGAAAAAUAAGUUGGUAAAUCAUAAUAUGACACUAUCCUUAGUCCUUAGGAAUAGAUCGAGUUCCCUAUUGAAGGACUCCUGAGAAGUCGCUUGGACUAGCUUGGCCGACAGCGAAUUCCAGCAUUUGACAACUCUUAAGGAGUAGAAGUUGUGUCUACAGUCCGUUCUGCUAUGUUGUGUUUCCAAUUUUUGGGUGUUACCCCUUAGGUUGAGAUUUUGGUCACAAGUCACUCACGGCUUUAUUUAUCAUUAUAGUUGUCAAAAUCAUUUAACGAGAUUCUUCAAACAUGGAUUUGCUUGAUAAGAAUGAACCCAUAUCUUCCAUUCAAGAAUCAAGAGAUGCUUUUGUUGUCAUGGCAGAAAGUGGCAUAGUGGAUGAUGGAGUUCAGUUCCUUUAUGCUGUUGACCUCCUCCGUACUACUCGUAAAGAGGCACUUAAUCUCUCCGUUAAGUUAUUAGAAGAAUUAUUUAAUCGCACAAAAGAUGAUAGUCUACGGCGUGACUGUUUGUUUUAUUUGGCUGUAGCUCACACUAAGCUGUCAGACUAUGAAAACGCAACUCGGUGUUGUGAUAAUAUAUUGGUGAUACAACCGUCAAACCAACAGGUCAAAGAAUUAAGGAAUACAAUACAGUCUCGUGCUAAAAGAGUUGGGAUGAUCGGCUUAGGAGUUGUCGGUGGAAUUGUUUUGGGAGCAGCUACACUAUUGGGUAUUGGUCUCGGUCGCUACUAUUCUAAACGUCGUAAAUAAGAAUACUGGUUAACUGUACAGUUUAUUCAAGGUAUGCAGAACAAACAAAUUUGUAUUGCAUUUGUUUACUUGUUCACAAUAUAGCCAUUAAGUUUUGUUGGUCAGUUAUAUGUACUCUAUCCUUAUGAAUAUAUAUAUCAAAUAAUCUGC